AUGCGAUUCUUCACCGUCCUAGCUGUCGUCGCUGGCGCUGUCACCGCCCUCCCUCAGCCGGUUACCGAACCCGAGACUCCCGCGAAUGCCAAUCUUAAUAAACGUUAUUGCAACGUCAUGCUGGUUGCAACGGUUAUCUGCACUGCGACGGCUCAUACUGCUACACCAGUGAUGCAGGCCACUCGUGGUGCGAGUGCAAUUGCCGCUAUGGCUGAGCUGAUUCAAGGCAGAGACAAGCUACAAGUUUCCGCAUAG